CCACCGCCUGCCCCGCCUCCUCUUUUCCCGCCGGGCGCCGGCCUUCCGGAAAUGGGCGUGGCCCGCAGGACGUUAACGCGUUGCAGGAAGAAGGUCCUCUGGUUCCGGUGUCAUGGCUGGCCCUUCUGAAGGUGCGCCUGUGGCUCCCGACGGGAAGAGGCAACAGUUCGGGAGCCGGUUCCUGACCGACCCGGCGCGCGUCUUCCACCACAAUGCCUGGGACAAUGUGGAGUGGUCGGAAGAGCAGGCCGCGGCGGCAGAGAGGAAAGUGCAGGAGAACAGUACCCAGCGGGUGUGCCCCGAGAAGCAAGUUGAUUAUGAAAUCAAUGCCUGUAAGUACUGGAAUGACUUCUACAAAAUUCAUGAAAAUGGGUUUUUCAAGGAUAGACACUGGCUUUUUACCGAAUUCCCUGAGCUGGGACCUAGCCCAAACCAAAAUCACAUGAAGGAUUUUGCCUUGGAAAACAAGAAGAGUGAAAUCCCUGAAUGUAGAAGCAGUGAUAAUGGACCUGGUUUAACAAUAAAAGAGCAUCAGAAGUGUUCUCCCAGCCUUGAGCAUAAAAAACAGAUGCUUCCUAUGGAAGAAAAUGUAACUCAGAAACUCAGUCGCCUGGAAAUUUGUGCUGAUGAGUUUGCUGGAUCCUCAGCCACGUACCGAAUACUUGAGGUCGGUUGCGGUGUGGGAAACACAGUCUUUCCAAUUCUGCAAACUAACAAUGACCCAGGCCUCUUUGUUUACUGUUGUGAUUUUUCUUCCACAGCUAUAGAACUGGUCCAGACAAAUUCAGCAUAUGAUCCUGCCCGCUGUUUUGCCUUUGUUCACGAUCUGUGUGAUGAAGACCAGAGUUACCCAGUCCCUCAAGACAGCCUUGAUGUCAUCGUUCUCAUAUUUGUUCUUUCAGCAGUUGUUCCAGACAAGAUGCAGAAAGCUAUCAGCAGGCUGAGCAGACUUCUGAAGCCUGGAGGGAUGAUGCUUCUGCGAGAUUAUGGCCGCUAUGACAUGGCUCAGCUUCGGUUCAAAAAAGGUCAGUGUCUCUCUGGAAAUUUCUAUGUGAGAGGUGAUGGUACCAGAGUUUACUUCUUUACACAAGAAGGAAGAUCAUGUGGCCCCUCUACCUUGCAGGCUGCCUUUCUUCUGCGAGUCCCCUUCCCUCACCCUGAACCUCACUGUCCCCAGACAACCCUGGCUCAUGAUGGUCUUCAGUCCACUCCUUGCUCUGCUCUCCCUUUCUGUCAUUUUGUCCAAAAUGGGAACCUCACCUUUUUGCAAGACUCAUCUCCAGCCUGGCCUGACUCACCAUCUCCACCAGACUGGGCCCAGGGUGAAUUGUUUCCGCUGGCUCCAGAUGAGCUGGACACACUUUUUACUACUGCAGGACUGGAAAAGGUGCAGAACCUGGUGGAUCGCCGAUUGCAAGUGAACCGAGGAAAACAGCUGACCAUGUACCGAGUCUGGAUUCAGUGCAAAUACAGAAAGCCUCUUAUGCCCAACACCAGCUGAGAGGCACCUGCUCCUGACAUGGCACAAGCUCUUUCUGUUUCAGGGCUUUUUUCUAAGAGCAUCCAUAAAUGGUGCUUGCCAAUGUUGGAUAGUUUAAUAAUUCAAACAAAGCCAGGCACACUGGUGGCUCAUGCCUAUAAUCCUGGCUACUUAGGAGGCUAAGAUUGGGAGGAUCAUUUCGAGACCAGCCUGACCUCCAUCUCCAAAAUAA